AAAUUUUCAGUUUUGAAACCACCCGUACACCCCCAAUUCACUCGGUAUUAAUUUGUAAUGAUUUUAUACAUAUAUAUAUACUCAACACAUGUUGAUCCUACUUAAUUUCUAAAAGAAAAAGAAGUUUGGGGUAUUACAACAAGGCUCAGAUCGGGGAAAAUCUGUGCAGGUCAAAGUGGUUCGGGCACGAAUUGUCAUCCCUAGUUUUAUGGAUAUUUUUUUCCAUUAUAUGACUUUUCGAAAGAUUGGGCAUCAAUUGAUCCCAAAAUUUGGUGGGUUAUGUGCGGAGCUUCCACUCUUACUUUGCAAACACUAGCAUUGAAAUGAUUGGGUCAAUCCUCAUAUUCAUCUUGUUUGGAAUGGAAUUGGAGCACAUAUCCAUUCAUUCAUUCAAUGAAGAGGAAUAAGAUACUGCCACAUCGUGCUGAAGAAUUAGUAUUUGUACACACUAAUCUUUGUUUUCUAUCGAGGAAAAGUCAUCAAUAUAUGACAGAUGAAAAUAAGAUGUGGGACGUUGGUGGAGAUGCUUUUGAUUUUAUGGAUGAUGCAUGUAUCCUAGAGAUUUUGGACGUCUCUUGAUGAACCCGAAAUGGAAUGAGUUCUUUUCAUAGAAGAUGUUGAUCGCGGUGAUGAUGAUGAUGAUGAUGUUGCUUAACUGAUAGACUAGUAUAUUUAUUUAUAUUAUUGUGAACAUGCUUUAUAAGUAGUGUUGCAUUGACUUCUAUUACAAUUGAAAUAUGAAUGGAGUUAUUUAUAUUAUAAUUUAUAAUUAUAGCGUAUGCUUGUAAAAUAUAUAAAUAAAUAAAUGUUUUGUAUUUGCCGAGUCCCCCGCACCCGCAUCCUGAAUCCUUUGAGAAUUUAUGAAUUCCUGUGUCAUCGUAUCCCUUGUAGCCGCAUCCGAGUCAGUGCCACCUUACUCCCUAGUAGACUGGAUUGGACUAGUGGGACGGAACGAGGGCUUAUGGGCCGGGUCGGGCAAGCCCAUAAGUUGCAACGAAUCAUACAAAGUUAUCGGAGUUGCCAAACCCGACGCCCGCAGAGCUACCCGAUAAUAGUUGAUCCUUCAUUAAGAAUCCAAGUUUUGGAGUAAAUAAUAUCAUUUUUGUAUGUUUACUGCAUUCCUCUUUCCCUGCAAAUUCAAUUCAUGGCCUUCCCUGGCGAGGUCGGCUUGCAGUUGCUGCUUUCCCCCCUUGGUUCCAACGUAGUUGUCCGAACAGCUUGUUGCACAGUUGGGCUUGUUUUACCUGAUUACUCAACAUUUAAGGCUAUUGAGAACAAGGAUCAGAAUGAGCAACAAAAGUGGCUUCUCUAUUGGGCAGCCUAUGGAUCUUUUAGCAUAGCAGAAGUGUUUACAGACAAACUACUCUCCUGGUUUCCACUAUAUUACCACGUGAAGUUUGCUUUCCUUGUGUGGCUACAACUUCCAUCAAUUAAUAAAGGCAUGAAAUACCAGCCUGAUGAAGUGCUUGUUUCUGAACAGGGAGCUAGGCAACUGUAUAUGAGCCAUCUGCGCCCAUUCUUACUAAGACAUCAAGCUAGACUUGACCAAAUUGUGGAUCUUGUGUACUCUGAAAUGGGUAAGUUUGUCAGUAAGCAUCAAUCAGAGAUCCAGUUUGCAAGGGCCCUUAGUAUCAAGAUUCUGAGAUCAGGGAAAUUGUUCACCCAAGGCAAACUCAGAUACAUGGUACCAUUGAAGGACCAAGAAGACAAAUACAGGAUGCACCACCUGAUGAUGAUGAUGAUGAUGAUGAUGAUGAUGAUGAUGUUGAAGAGUGAUGCUUACUUUAUAAGAUGCUUCAGUAUUAUUAUGUAGGAUGCCAGAAUUUUGGUUUUAGAGAAAGAGAAGUAGGUCUGAUAAUAUUUUUCACAUUUUUGAUUGCCUUAAUGUAAAUGCUAUUUCGCUUGCUUCCAUGAGCUCAAAUCUUUUUUAAUUAAAUUUCUUUCCCUCUGGUUUAUCUGCGUUGUAAUUACACAUUACUGUUUAAGAUCUUGGAAACCUGUUGUGUCAUCAACAAAAGUCGGUUGAUGGAUUUACUUGUA